GACUCACGCCGCCGCCGCUAAAAUGGACGCCACAGAGGAAGCUGCAAUAGGAGUGUUUACAUGCGCGUUGUGUGAGUUAUCUUGUGCAUACACGUUCUACGGAAAGAAACCACCAAACACCCGAGGGAUCGGGCUUCUGGAAGACUGCUAUGGCAUGCGUGAUCCCUUCACUCCAGACAAAAACAAAUUCCUUAUAUUGGGCUCCAAGUGCAGUUUGUGUAACAAGACUGUAUGUGUUGGCACGGACUGCAGCAUUUUCUACACCAAACGCUUCUGCCUACAGUGUGUAAGGGAAAACUUGGAGCAGUUUCCAGAGCAGAUUCAGACAGAAAUAGCCAAGAAAAAAUCAGCUCAGAAAAGUUAACAUCACGCAGAGACGUUCAAAUAUGCAGAGGAAAUUUUGGACAUUUGGGAUUUUUUUUUACAUGACUGUGUGAAUUCUAAACAGUUUACUAAACAUUGUAUUUCUGAGUAUGGUGUAAACAGUGUUUUAGCCAUUUCCUUUAUCAUAAAAUUGAAAUAUUUUGAAAAGUGGAUCCUUCUUGGGAAUUCAAGAGCCUGGUAUUUUUUAUUCAUAAAAUCUAACAUAGGAUCUAACUGAAUUGUUACUGGAUUUCCAUUGAAGAUGUCACAGGAAAUUGAAAUGUGUGCUUGAGCAAAAACCAGAACUCACGUGGAGUUCACAUACCAUUCUAGGGUACAUUUGGAAGAGCAGCAAACAAAGGAAAUGUAGAGUGGUCUCUGUUGUCAUUGCAAGAAACAUGGAUUUGAGAAAAAGCUAUCAAAUCAACCCAUUACUAAGAGACUGUAGAAAAUAAUCUGUAUAUUGCAUAGUAAUAAAACAAAGUUGAAAGAUUUA